CUUGAAACUCUUUAGUUUUUGACUGGUUUUGAUGCAUUAUAUGGAGAGGUCUCACAGAAUCUGUUCAAUGACGACUCUGUUUCUGCUUCUUGGGAUUCUACCUUUUGUGUUUGCUGGCCACGACUAUGGCCAAGCUCUCAGUAUGAGCAUUCUCUUCUUCGAAGGUCAGAGAUCUGGUUACCUUCCCAGUACACAGAGAGUCCAAUGGAGGGGCAAUUCUGGUCUGAAUGAUGGCAAGACUAGUGGGGUGGAUCUGGUAGGAGGGUACUAUGAUGCAGGGGACAAUGUGAAAUUUGGGUUGCCCAUGGCAUUCACCACAACAAUGAUGUCGUGGAGCAUAAUAGAGUAUGGGACGCAAAUGGAUUCCAGUGGUGAGCUUGGUCAUGCCAUGGAUGCUGUUAAGUGGGGUACUGACUACCUCAUUAAAGCCCACACUCAGCCCAAUGUCCUUUAUGGAGAGGUGGGAGAUGGUGACACAGACCACUACUGCUGGCAAAGGCCGGAAGACAUGACCACCCCAAGGACGGCCUACAAGAUCGACCCAAGCAACCCUGGAUCUGACCUCGCCGGCGAGACCGCCGCCGCAAUGGCUGCCGCCUCCCUUGUGUUCCGCCAGAGCAAUCCUUCCUAUGCCAACGAGCUUCUCAACCAUGCCUCCCAGCUAUUUGAGUUUGCGGACAAAUACAGGGGCAAAUAUGAUAGCAGCAUCACUGUGGCUCAGAAGUACUACAGAUCUGUCAGUGGAUACGACGAUGAAUUGCUAUGGGCAGCUGCUUGGUUGUACAAGGCAACGAACAAUCAGUAUUACUUGGACUACCUUGGGAACAAUGGCGAUGCUCUUGGUGGAACUGGCUGGGCAAUGACCGAGUUUGGAUGGGAUGUAAAAUAUGCUGGUGUUCAGACACUGGUUGCUAAGUUCCUAAUGCAAGGGAAGGCAGGCCAAUAUGCCCCAGUUUUUGAAAAAUACCAGCAGAAGGCAGAAUAUUUCAUGUGUUCAUACCUUGGAAAGGGCACUAAAAAUGUUCAAAAGACUCCAGGAGGUCUUAGUUUCCGCCAGAGUUGGAACAACUUACAGUUUGUUACAAGUGCUUCAUUCCUUCUCACUGUUUACUCCGACUAUCUAACCUCUGCUGGGAGAAACCUGCAGUGUGCUUCUGGCAGUGUUCCACCAUCUGCGCUACUCUCAUUCGCUCAAUCUCAGGUGGACUACAUUCUUGGAGACAACCCAAGAGCCACUAGUUACAUGGUGGGAUAUGGAAGCAACUACCCGCAACAAGUUCACCACCGAGCUUCCUCAAUUGUCUCCAUUAAGACUGACCCUUCAUUUGUUAGUUGCCGCGGAGGGUAUGCCACUUGGUUUAGCCGGAAAGCAAGUGAUCCAAAUCUCCUUACUGGUGCUAUUGUUGGGGGACCUGAUGCAUAUGACAACUUUGCUGAUCAAAGAGACAACUAUGAACAAACAGAGCCAGCUACAUACAAUAAUGCUCCUCUGCUUGGUAUAUUGGCACGGCUACAUGGUGGACAUAGUGGAUACAACCAGCUCCUUCCAGUUGUUCUUCCUGCUUCUAAAACCAUUGUUACCCAACCAAAACCUGCUCCACAACCUAAAGCAAAUCCUACUCCAGCUUCAAACUCUCCACUCACCAUUGACCAAAAGAUGACAACUUCAUGGGUUGCCAAUGGUAAAACUUACUAUAGAUACUCUAGUAUACUGACCAACAAUUCUCCUAAGACUCUGACGGGUCUCAAGCUUUUGGUAUCCAAGCUCUAUGGUCCUCUGUGGGGGUUAACAAAGAACGGUGAUUCAUACAUCUUCCCAGCAUGGAUCAACUCUUUGCCUGCUGGGAAAAGCCUGGAGUUUGUAUACAUACAUUCUGCUUCUCCGGCAGAUGUGUCGGUAUCAAGCUAUACUUUGGUAUGAAGGAGAAACAGGGUCAUUGAGAAGAGAAGAGGUUCACAUGGUUUCUCGGAUUGUCGUGUAAGAACUGUGCAGCUAUACAACAUGCAGUCAGAAAUAUCUUUCGUUUCUUGUUUUAAUUUUCAGUUUCUUUUUGAUUUCCCAGUAGUGUUUUAGAUCAAGUUAGAGUAAAUAAUAUUGAAGAAUGGAGGAAGAAAGGAGUGAAGAGACAAUUAUUUAAAAGGGUGCUCAUCCUCUUUCUCAUCCGCUUCAUUAGUUGCAUAGAUUGAGGGACAGUGAGAGUUUGGCAGUUGAGAAGAGAAGAGAACUAUUUCUCAACAGAGUUUAAGAAAUCCUUUGCUUCUUUAUACUUAAAGCAGCUUUUGAGGAGGGUUUUUUUUUUCAUUGGGGGUUUUUGUGUUGUGAUUUUGUAAGCUUUACACCAGUUCUUACUUGCUAUAUGAAUGUAGUUUGUGCAAAGAUGUUUUCUU